AUGUCUCUAACAGGUAAUAUAUGUUAUUCAGGUAAUGGAGAUGUAUGGCACGGGUAUGCAGAUAUACUUGUGAAAAGAUGUGCGGUCAAGAUAGGAACUGAAGUGAAUGAAGAAGAUGAAAGUUAUGAACCAUCACCAAAGAAAAUGAGAACUGAGAACUUUGAAGAUGAGGAUUCAGAUGAUGAUAGUCUUAAUGUUAAAAUACAAAAGGAUGCAUUUACUUGUAAAUCAUUGUCACAACUUUUGUCUCAAACAAUUGUUAAUGCGUUUGCGGAAGUGAACAAGAAUCAAGAAUUGUCUAGUUCGUAUAUACCAUCAUUUUUUGCCGAUUCUAAAACUAUUAGAAUAAUUAUGUAUAACUGUGGAUCGGAUAGCCUGGUACUGACUGAUAGUUUAGAUAUGUUUAUACAUGAUCGAGGAAAAACUAUUUUAGAUGUCACAACUAUUUUGAGUGUAUGGUAUGCCUUGAACUUUGAAAACAAUAUUGAUGAAAGUGAUGAACUCUUUCCAAAAUUUAAGAUGCUAUACCAGAAGUCAAAUUUUAAAGACCAGACUGGUGAAAGAUUUGAGACCUAUAGUAAAAAGUGUACGAAACCUAUGACAGAGGCAGGAGAAAAUAAAGAUAUUCAGUUGUUUAUAUCAGUUGAAACACUCACCACUUCUUCAACAUUUGUACUCCAUGUUAUAGAAAAGAGUCACUCAUUGCUUAGUCAUGCAAACUCCUGAAGCAAGUUUAAUGGCACGCCGGUUAUGAGGUUAACACUGAUGAGUUAAUUAAUGUUCUUAAUCAUAUGAUAAAUGUGUUAACAAUAUAAAUAGGUUUUCCUAAAUAUUAUUAACUUAAAUUCAUGCUUAUGUAUUUAAUUGUUUUCUAACAUCAUAAAAUACACUAUUUUUAAAGACCAUUACUUGAUUUUAAUAUAUUAAACAGAAUUUAAGCACCCCUACUAUAACUAUAAAUAUACAGUUGAAAUCGUGGUAUUUCACCAUAUAACUAGCAUUGCAUGUGUAAAGUUUAGCAUUUGAAAUUUGCUUGCAAGAAUGUAUAAAAGUUUACACGUUCCAUUCUUUUAAUUAAACUGAAUGAAUAACUACAACAGUGUAUUUUUGCCAACAAACCACGCCAUUAUUUUGGGCGUCCGGUGCCUAGAGGUUAAGGUCGUUGACUUCAAACCACUUGCCUUUUACCUCUGUUGGUUCAAUCCUGACAGGUACUUUUGAUUCUUUCAUAUGAGGAAGCCAUCCAGCUACCUUGCAGAAGUCAGUGGUUUUACUGAUAUAAUGCACGGAACGGCAUCUGAGGUCUUCCUUAACUGUAAGCAUGAUAGUGACCUCUCAGUCAGCCUCAAACAUUCAGCUUCACGAAGCCUUAUACAAUGUAGUACAAUAUUCUGUGUGAAAAAAGUACCUGAUGGAAUGUUUACUAGCUGACUGAUCGGGCCUUGUGCUCAAUAGGGACAUCCCGGCGAUUAUUGAUGUAUUUAUUUAAUAAAGUCACUUUUGGUAAAAUUAUGAUGAAAAUCAGAACCAAAUAAUAUGCAUUAUGCAAUUAUAACUGAAUCCCAAAUAUUGUCAACGUGCAUACAGUUUGUACUUUUCGUUUCUAAAAAUGAUAGUAAAUAAUGUACUAUUUACUUGUUUAUUUAUAAAUGUACUUUAUUACGCCCCCCUUCGAAGAAGAGGGCGUAUAUUGUAUUGCUAAUGUCGGUCAGCCUGUCUGUCUAUCUGUCUGUCAGUAGACCACAUGGUUUCCGCUGAUUAUCUUGAAAGCUAUUUAUCACAAAAGCUUUAUAUUUACACAUAGUGAUUGGUCAAAAUUAGUAGAUGACCCCUAAUGAUUUUGGGUCACUAGGUCAAAGGUCAAGGUCACAGGUGCCUUAAAUAUCAGAAUGGUUUCCACUGAUUAUCUUGAAAAAUAUUCAUCACAAAGUCUUCAUAUUUCACAUAUUGAUAGGUCUUAACUAAUUGAUGACCCCUAUCAAUUUUGGGGUCAUUAGGUCAAGGUCACAGGUGCUUUAAAUGUCAGAAUAGUUUUCGGUCAUUACCUUGGUUACACUUCAUCACAAAGUCUUCAUAUUUCACAUAUUGAUUGGCCAUAACUAGUAAAUGACCCCUAUUGAUUUUGGGGUCACUAGGUCAAAAGUCAAGGUCAAAGGGGUCUAAUGGUAAUAUGAUUUCCGCUUAUUAUCUUGGUUACUAUUUAUCACAAUUCACAUAUUGAUUGGUCAUAACUAGUAGAUGACCCCUAUUGAUUUUGGGGUCACCAGGUCAAAGGUCACGGUCUUUGAAUGGUAGUAUGAUUUCAGCUCAUUAGAUUGAAAGAUAAUUAUCAAAAAGUCUUCAUAUUUCACAUAGUGAUUGGUCAUAACCAACAGAUGACCCGUAUUGCUUUUCCAGUCACUACUUCAAAGGUCAAGGUCACAGGGGCCUUAAAUGUCAGAAUGGUUUCUGCUUAUUAUCUUGAAAGCUAUUUAUCACAAAGUCUUCAUAUUUCACAUACAGAUUAGUCGUAACUGGUAAGAAACUCCUAUUGAUUUUCGGGUCACUAGGUCAAAGGUCAGUGUCACAGGGUUCUUGAAUGUUAUCUUGAAAGCUAUUUAUCACAAAGUCUUCAUAUUUCUAAUAUUGGUUGGUCAUAAUUAUUAGAUGACCCUUAUUGAUUUUGGGUCACUAGUUCAAAGGUAUAGGUCACAGGGGCCUUAAAUGUCCCAUUAUCUUGAAAACUAUUUAUCACAAAGUUUUCAUUAUUUUUCUUUUUUUCCAUAAUUGAACACUUCCAUGUACCCAUUUAUGGCAAGUUUCUAUAACAAAAUUACCAAUCAUGUGAGUCAAGGGGUAAAAAGGGGGACUAUGUGUCGUUCCACAUUUUUGUUUAAGUGGCUUUGUACACAAUAUAAUGAAAAUAAACUAGUUUCAGUAAUCUUAUACGUUUUGUUUCACUGACACAACGUUUCCGUCCUUUCAUGUUAAAGGUCAUUUUCCGAAGUUUGACGGAAAGAGCCGAGACUGCGAUUGCAUAAUGAUAUGAGGCCAUCAGUGCUGCAUACUUUUUGUUAAAAAAUUAAAAAUUAGUAUUAUCUUUCGUUCGUAUACCUUUGUAUCAUUCAUAUUAAGUCUUUAUCCUACUGAGUUUAUAACACUAUUCAAACUCUGGGAGAUUACACGAGCAAGGCUUGGAUCAAUACUGGAUGCAAAGGCUAAUCAGUCCCACACAAAUAAGGAUAUGUUACACUGUAACCUUUUUUCUACAAAUGAUUGUUACAAUUGUUCAAUAACAAGAGAAAAAUAAAUGAUAAUAAAGCAUUAUCAUUUUAUGUCAUUAUUUUUUAAAUCGGGGCAUGGUCGUCCUCCGUCCGUC